ACACACACACACACAGGGCCUUGCAUGACCUUUUAAACCUCUAAGCUUACCUCUAGUGACACAAGGCCACACCUACUAAUGCUUCCUAACAGUCUUCCAACUGGGAACCAAGCAUACAGAUAUAUGAACUUUGGAAGACCAAUUUCAUUCCAACCAUUACACACACACACACACACACACACACACACACACACACACACACACACACACACACACAGAGUCACACACACAGUCACACAUACUCCUUUCAUUCCCUCCCCCUUGUAUCCCCUUCUUCCAACAAGUGCCCCUCUUUUAUGUUUCUCUUUUGUGGCUUACUGCAUUUAAUUGGGAGAUCUGAUCACUUUAUAAACAAUUUAAAGACAGAUUUUUAUGUCUUAUUCAUUAUUGUAUCCCAGGUACCCAGAACAGGAUGUGUCCCAUAGUUGGCAUACAGAUGGUUUAAUGGGGAAGCAAUUUGGGCUUUAGUUUCCUAAGUGUACCCAUAGAAAUGUGAUUUUGGGGAUCCUGUCUUUACAGCAAAUGAGAAAUGGAAAUAACUAACAUAAUAUGGAAACAAAAUUGCCCUCUCUCUGCUUGUGCUUUGAGCAACCCCCUUGCACACACAUGAAGUUUUUCUAAGUUCUCAUUGUCUAACAAAAAUAUACAACACAGAUUGUCCUCCUCCUUGUAGGAAGUAUGUGGAGUUCCGGUUGAAUACACAAAAAGCUGGUUGACUAGGUAAAUGAGUUAGGAAGUGUUCUCAUAGCUUUAUUGUCUACUUGUACAUCACACAUGAACAUAAGCACAGACAACCUUCCUUAGAGGUGGUUGCCUGGAAGGAGUCUCUGGUUUUAGUCCAUUCACACACCAACUUUACAUUCAGGUUCAUCAUGCUGGCCUGGGAGCAGCAUGGGUGGGUGUGUUUGGCUGCUGAAGCAGGUGUCUGAAAAUUUCAGGUCACAAUCGGAGAUUCCACAGGCCCUAGAUCAGUUGUCUCCUAACUUAGAUACUAGAGAGGCAUGAGCAGCAAAUCCUGUUCUUUCUUCCCUUGUCCCUGGAGAGAGGUUGUUCCCUUUUCCCAAGCUUUAAUCAGAAGCUGUUGAUUAUACUGCAGACUAGGGCAGACCUUGAAUGAGGAUAAGAAAAUCAAGCCAAUCAAUCCACAUUAGCAAUAAUGAUACAAGUUGGCCUUGCCACUGGAGCCCUCUUGAUGCUAUUUUAAAUUGCCUCUGAAAAAAAUCUGUCUUACAGAAAGGAAGAGGUUUUAUCAGAACGUCAGCAUCUCACAGGGUGAAGGUGGAUUUGAGAUAAACCUGGACCACAGAAAGCUGAAAACUCCCCAAGCCAAGCUUUUUACUGUCCCCAGUGAGGCCUUGGCCAUCGCAGUGGCCACUGAAUGGGACUCCCAGCAGGAUACCAUCAAGUUCUACACCAUGCACCUGACCACAUUGUGCAACACAUCCUUGGACAAUCCAACCCAGCGAAACAAGGAUCAGAUGAUCCGGGCAGCUGUAAAGUUCUUAGACACUGACACCAUUUGCUACAGGGUGGAAGAGCCAGAGACAUUAGUGGAACUUCAGAAGAACGAAUGGGAUCCAGUCAUAGAAUGGGCUGAGAAAAGAUACGGCGUGGAGAUCGGCUCCUCCACAAGCAUAAUGGGACCCAGCAUACCUACCCAGACCCGAGAGGUGCUUACCAGCCACUUGUCCUCUUACAACAUGUGGGCCCUACAAGGGAUUGAGUUUGUAGUGGCCCAGCUCAAGUCCAUGGUGCUGACCUUGGGCCUGAUUGACCGGCGCCUGACUGUGGAGCAGGCUGUGCUUCUGUCACGUCUGGAGGAGGAGUACCAGAUCCAGAAGUGGGGCAACAUUGAAUGGGCCCACGACUAUGAGCUCCAGGAGCUUCGGGCUCGCACUGCCGCUGGUACCCUUUUUGUCCACCUCUGCUUGGAAAGCUCUGAGGACAAGAACAAGCUCCUACAAGAGUGAGGCCUGGGUUGCAAAUGCUGGCUGAAAGGAACUGCACAGACACAGGGUCUCUGAUCUGGGCUUCCCUGGCUGUUGGAACUCUGUACCCAGUGAAGCUCUUUUGGCCUGUACCUAUCACGCUAUACUUGUGGAGUACCCAGUGUGUGCCUGGGUCUUCCCUGGCCUUUGUGGCUUGGCCUUAUCCAGAAACACCCUGUGAUGCCCUAGAGACACAGUAUGCCUGUCUUGAGGUCAGACAGGUUCCAACCCAGGUGCCUUUGGCCUGGUCAGCAGUGAAGGAGGCAUAGAGACUUUCUCUUGACCCUGAUUUUAUUAAAUGUUUUUUCAUUCUGGAAAAUAUCAAGCCUCAUUUUCAUCUGAGUCUCAGCAUUUCUCCAUUCUUGUUUUAUCUAAGCUCUGUCACCAUUUUUACAUCUGCUACCAAUGGCUGGAAACCUCACGGCAGGGAAGGGGCAAGAAACAAGCCAUCACCACACACAACCACUUUUCAUCUUCAGCCCUCAGCCUGAAGGCCUUUGUCCCCUCCUGGCCUUUCAUCAGAUGAUCUUUUGAAAGUAAGUCUUUGGUCUAAGCUGCUUGGUUGCUGUUUGUUAUAUUCUUAAAAAAAAAAAUAAAAUAUGACUCCAAAAAUAUAA